GAGGGGUCGAGGGGUCGAGGGGUCGAGGGGUCGAGGGGUCGAAACGUAACAUAAACAUAUCGCAUACUUAAGAAGAGAAGAGAACAGGAUAGAACACUUAAGAACAGCUGUUGCAAACUAUAUCACACUAUUAAAACCACUCAACACUACUCGACACUACUCGACAUCUAACACACGACACUCUACACCAACACUAGAAUACCAAUCGCAUAAAAAGAAAAUGGCUGCAACUCAGAAAGCUCUUAUUAUCCAGGAGGGAAACGUCGGGAAGGUCGUAACCGACGCACCUAUUCCCAAAGUGCGCCCCGGCUACGUCAAGGUUAAGACGGUAGCUGUCGCUCUGAACCCUACCGACUGGAAGCACAUUGAUGGUGUUGGAAUUCCCGGCGGCUUGGUUGGUUGCGACUACUCAGGCAUCGUCGAGGAAUUAGGACCCGACGUCACAAAUUUCAAAGUCGGCGACAAGAUCGCUGGCUUAGUCUCCGGCGCCAAUGCGAGCAACGCAGAAGACGGCGCCUUCGCCGAGCACAUCGUAGCGAAAGCCGCUCUUGCCAUCAAGGUCCCUGACACUAUCACAAUGGAACAGGCGUCGACGCUGGGUGUAGGCAUCACCACAGUCGGCCAAGCUCUCUACCAAUCGCUAGGCCUCCCCUUGCCCACCGAGCCGGCUAAGAAGCCCUUCCCGGUCCUUAUCUACGGAGGUAGCACUGCAACUGGAACGCUAGCAGUCCAAUUCGCCAAAUUAUCCGGUCUGCAGGUUAUCACGACAUCCUCGCCCCACAACUUCGAUCUCCUAAAGAGCCUAGGCGCAGACGCGACUUUCGACUAUAAGUCGCCGACCGUCGGUGCGGAUAUCCGCGCUUUCACCAACGACAGCUUGGAGUACGUGUUCGACUGUAUCGCAGAGGGUUCGGCGCCUGAGAUCUCGGCGCAGGCGCUUAGUUCCAAGGGCGGCAAGUACAGCUCCCUAUUAACCGUCGAGAACUUCCCCCGCGACGACGUCACCAAGCUCCAGACUCUGGCGUACACGGCUACCGGAGAGACGUUCGUCAAGCUGGGACAUACGUUCACGGCGAACCCCGCCGACCUCGAGUUCGCCACUAAGUUCUGGAAGCUGGCGGGCGAGCUGAUAGCCCAAGGCAAGGUUAAGCCGCACCCGGUGGACGUUCGGGAGGGUGGUUUGGACCAUAUCCUCGAGGGACUGGAUGAUCUGCGACAGGGACGGGUUACUGGAAAGAAGAUCGUUUAUAAGAUUUGAAGGUGGAUGAGUGGACGAAAGGAAAGAAUUGGAGCGGUUGGGAUGACGCUAGGGAGCCAAUUAUAGUGCAUCCUGGGUGUGAUGGGCUACGUUAGGUACCUUAAGUGGCUUUAGAGACUGAUAAGCGGUAGAUUUUUAUGAUUAUUGUGAUAUUUGAUCAUUAUCCUAGCUUUAGAUAUAGUAUCAAACUCCAUUGACCUACCUAGUUAACCUAUUUAUAAUAUUCUCACGGUUGUAGUCAUGUGUGUCCAACUAUACAAUAUCAUCAACAGGUUGUUUCCCUUGUUAAUGUAUGGAGUAAUUUAGAAACAGAGACGGUGAUAUUUAAAAAUCGUACUCUGAGGCUAUCGUUUAC